AUGGCGGACAAGAAGAACGAGGACUACGUUGUCCGCAUGGGCGAGAACGCCUUUGGAAAAGAAAAGGACCCUUUCAUGGGCCGCCGCCCUGCGAACAGGAAGACCAUUCCUAUUGGCAACCAAGGAUUAUCCCAGCUCGAUAACAGUGCGCCCAUCUCUAUUACUGCGUACUGCCUAUCCUCGAUCAGCAUGACUGUCGUCAACAAGUAUGUUGUGUCUGGCACGUUUUGGAACCUCAAUUUCUUCUAUCUGGCCGUUCAGGCCGUGGUCUGCAUCGCCACUAUUACGGCAUGCAAGCAGAUGGGCCUGAUCAAGGUCCUGUCUCCCUUUGAUCCCGAUAGGGCAAAAAAGUGGUUCCCGAUCUCGCUCCUUCUCGUUGGCAUGAUUUACACCGGCACCAAGUCGCUGCAGUUCCUCUCCGUCCCCGUCUACACCAUUUUCAAGAACCUCACUAUCAUUGUCAUUGCAUAUGGCGAGGUGUUGUGGUUCGGCGGUAGUGUCACUCCCAUGGCUCUGCUCUCGUUUGGCCUGAUGGUCUUGAGUUCCGUGGUUGCCGCCUGGGCUGACAUCCAGAGCGCCAUUGCCGGCGACUUCGGGACUACGGACUCUUCAGCGGCUAUCUCCACGCUCAACGCUGGUUACGCCUGGAUGGGAAUGAACGUCUUCUGUAGCGCAUCCUACGUUUUGGGUAUGCGCAAGGUGAUCAAGAAGAUGAACUUCAAGGACUGGGAUACCAUGUACUACAACAACCUCCUUACGAUUCCUGUGCUGGUUAUCUGCUCCUUUGUGAUGGAAGACUGGUCUAGCGUCAACUUUGCCAAGAACUUCCCCGAGGAGACGCGCAACCGAAUGAUAAUUGGUAUGAUUUACUCGGGACUAGCAGCCAUAUUCAUCUCAUACUGCUCGGCCUGGUGCAUCCGGGUCACAUCGUCGACAACGUACUCGAUGGUCGGUGCCCUCAACAAGCUUCCGAUUGCGAUCAGUGGCCUGAUCUUCUUCGCGGCUCCCGUCACGGUCGGCAGUGUGUCAGCCAUCUUCAUUGCAUUUGUCAGUGGUAUAGUGUAUGCUAUGGCUCGAAUGCGACAGUCGAAGGUGUCCCGAGACUCGCUGCCUACGACACGACCUACGAUGAGCGCCAGCGCUCAGAGCAGCCGUGACGCGGCCAACUCUUAG